CUUUGGGAUGAAGUAUCCACGCGCCUCCAUGACGGCCAUCUGAGUUUGGGACUUGUGGACGGACGAGAUAAACGCACAGACUUUGGACUUCGUUUUUCAACAUUUUCCCCCCAAUUUUCUGAACAAUCCAAAAAAGAUCAAAAUGAUGACCAAGCCAUUUGGAAAGAGUGGCGACAUGAAUGAGCUGGUAGGCUCCCUCGCCUGGCUGGACGAAGAUGGCAGCUCUCAGGAUGGGGAGGAAAGCCCCGACAUGAGGGGGCAUCGAGUCCUGAUUGAAGGAAGCAGACACUCAUGUUCCGAGAUGGGUAGUGAGGACAUGGAAGAGGAGGAGGAAGAGGAUGAAGAGAUGACUGGACCAAAUGGAGAAAUUGUUCCGAAAAGAAGGGGUCCAAAGAAGAAGAAGAUGACCAAAGCCCGUCAGGAGCGCUUCCGUGCUCGCCGAAUGAAGGCCAACGCCAGAGAACGCUCACGCAUGCAUGGCUUGAACGACGCGUUGGACAAUUUGCGCAGAGUGAUGCCCUGCUACUCCAAAACACAGAAGCUGUCAAAGAUAGAAACGUUACGGCUGGCCCGCAACUACAUCUGGGCGCUGUCGGAGGUCUUAGAGAACGGUCAGUCGCCGGAGAGCCACGGCUUCAUGGAAAUGUUGUGCAAAGGUCUCUCCCAGCCCACCAGCAACCUUGUUGCCGGCUGCCUGCAACUUGGUCCCACGCCGUUGCACAUCAACAAGCUCGAGGACAAGUGCGGACCCCCGGGGUUGAGCGGGGUGGGCGGUCAGGCUAGUCAUGCCCUCAGCUACCCAUCCCCAGGGCUCCCUAGCCCGCCUUACGGCUCCCUGGAGGCAUCCCAUCUCCUCCACAUGAAGGGAUUCAAGGGGCAGGGGUUCGACAACCCCUCCCCUAACGAGUGCAGCGGUGGCACCCCGCCGUACGACGGAGCCCUCACGCCCCCCCUCAGCAUCAGUGGAAACUUUGCGCUAAAGCAGGAGCCUUCGUCACAAGAAUCCGAGAGGAACUACACCAGCCACGCCACCCACCACGCCCACUACCUCUCGUCCCACCAUUACACUGCUUCGGCAACUGCCGGCCUACCUGGGGGGCACCAGGGCCACCCGCUUUUUCAGGGAUCCCGCUAUGAGCUUCCCCUGGAUGUGGCCUUUGACUCCUUCACGUCAUCUCAUCUGCUGGCCUCUCAGAUGGGCUCCAUGUGAAAACGACACAUUCACUGACUGUAUAGAGACUGCACUGGUUUGCAUUUUGGGAUAUUGCUUAUCUGAGAGAGCAGUGACCCCUCAAAUAGAGAAAGAAAGACUCGUUACGUUACAUUCCUCUGCCUGAUACCUGUCAUGUUUGAUGUUUUAUUUAUUUAGUUUUGUCAUGCUUUGCUGUUGAUUUAUGGAGACAACAGUCAAGAGUCUCACAAGUGCGAUUUGUAACAAAAUUAAAUCUUUCCAUCCAUCCUGAAUUGUAUUUGUAGCCUGCACUGAUCUUCUCAGCAUAGGAAAAGCAAAACAUUUUAUUUAUAAGCGUAUUUAAUAUUUAUUUGGAUCCUGUCUCGUUUAGAAAAUACUGUAUUCUCUCAGCACUGUUUUUUUCUUCUCUGUCUUCUUUGGUUUGUCAUCAGUCAGUCACUGGCAGCUUAUCUGUAUUUAAGUUAUUUAUUUGACGUCUUUCAGGUAAUUGUUCAUUGGAUGCCACUAUUUUUUUGGUGUCAUUGUAAAUAUGUUGCUGUUUCGCACUUAAUUGAAUAAAUAUUCUUAUAUUAUAUGCUAUUUAGUUAUUUUGUUUGGCAUUCUGUAAUUUUCCUUUAUAUAAAUAAGUAUAUAAAAAGGAUUUUAAAAAAUGACAAAUACUUCAUUGAUCCCAACAUACAAUAUAUUACAUUGUUUAUAAAAAUCCUUAUUUCUACAAGGCUUAUUUGGCACAAUAUAAUUUAACGUAGUGUUCUAUCAUUUUGCUAUAAAAUAAAUAUCUACAGUACGACAUUAAUUUCAAUAUCUACAGUAUGUACUAAUAAUGUGUGUAUGCACAAAUGGUCAGAUUUGAAUUAAUAUAAAUCACCUGGAUUUGCAUAUUAUUCAUGAAAAUCACAAUACAAAUCAAUUGAUUGAUCACUUUAAAAUUGUAGUUACAAAAAUAAAGGGUUUUUAGUUUUUAACAAAAAAAAAAAAAAAACACUUGCCUUACACGUAUCACAGAAAGUUGGUUCUCAUCCCACGUUUAUAUAUUGUAUAUUUUUUAGCAAGUUGAAUCCCCAACGGGAAAUCUGUUGCAGGAUGUGCGAGUGCAUGAUGUGUUACAUUCUUUUUGGGUCUAUAGUAGGUCAUGUGGGACCCUGUUGUGGCCAUGGGAAACAGCACUGGGUGAACAGGUGAACGUGUCACUGGCUUUUCUCUGUUUCUCCCA